AUGGAUCAAUCGAUCGAUCGUAGUAGUAGUAGUAGUAGUAGUAGUAGUAGUAGUAGUAGUAGUAGUAGUAGUAGUAGUAGUAGUAGUAGUAGUAGUAGUAGUAGUAGUAGUAGUAGUAGUAGUAGUAGUAGUAGUAGUAGUAGUAGUAGUAGUAGUAGUAGUAGUAGUAGUAGUAGUAGUAGUAGUAGUAGUAGUAGUAGUAGUAGUAGUAGUAGUAGUAGUAGUAAGUAUAGUAGUAGUAGUAGUAGUAGUAGUAGUAGUAGUAGUAGUAGUAGUAGUAGUAGUAGUAGUAGUAGUAGUAGUAGUAGUAGUAGUAGUAGUAGUAGUAGUAGUAGUAGUAGUAGUAGUAGUAGUAGUUAG